AUGGCCAAAUCACCUCCAGAAUUAAGCAGACCCACAAAUCCCACUCUAAAAAGACCUUCCUACGCUAAACAGCGCACUACCAUGUCAUUCUCUUCUUUCUACUCCCCUAGACUAUCCAUCUUCCUUCUAGCCCUUUGUGGUGCUCUCUUCACUUUCUACAACAUCCAGUCCCUCCAUGCCCCAGUACCAUCUUCACCUUCAUGGUCUCUAAUGCACCAAUGGGAAAGAGUAAGUAAUUGCAUCCAAGAAUUCAAAUCCAUGGCUGAAAAACUGCAGCAGGCGGUUACAUUUCUCCCACUUAAGGACUUGCGUUAUGCAGAUAAAGCUCUUCAAGGGCACACGUGGUUCAUGAGCUCUAUGUAUGAUACUCAUGAAGAAGGUGAGGUGCAAUAUCAGCAGUUUCCUUCAGAAGCAUCGAAAGGUAGGUUACUUUGCCUGAAAGGGAAGGAGACACAUGAUGGUUCUUGGAAUUCAUAUGCACUGGCAUGGCCUGAAGCAUUGCCUAUCAACGCCACACUUCUGAAAGGACUAACCUUUGUAUCAUAUAACCAUUAUAAUUAUGAUAAUAUCUGGCAUGGGUUAUCAGCUAUGGUACCAUUUGUCGCUUGGCAUAUAAGAAAUGGGUGUGAAUCGCCUAGUAGAUGGAUUUUGUACCACUGGGGUGAGCUCAGGUUCAAAAUGGGUCCAUGGCUAAGGACCCUAACAGAGGCCACAUUUGGUGGAGCGCCAUAUAUUGAAAGCUUUGAAGGGGUUAAUGAUAGUCAACCAGUUUGUUUUGAAAAAGCUGUGGUGAUGAGGCACAAUGAAGGAGGCAUGUCAAGGGACAGGAGGAUUGAGACUUAUGAUUUGAUUAGGUGCAAAGCUAGGUUUUAUUGUAAUUUAAGCUUAGAAGGUAGGAUUGAUGAGGUUAAUAAGCAAGGUUUGCCUGUAACUAGCAUGACCCUGUUCAUGAGGACUGGUCCGAGAUCAUUCAAGAAUGAGUCUGCUGUGAUUGGAAUCUUUGAGAAGGAGUGUGCUAAGAUUGAUGGAUGCAGAUUGAUGGUGGCAUACUCCAAUAACCUAACAUUUUGUGAGCAGGUGAAACUGAUGAGCUUGACAGACAUUCUAGUAUCUCCUCAUGGUGCUCAAUUAACCAACAUGUUCCUAAUGGACAAAAACAGCAGCGUCAUGGAGUUCUUCCCGAAAGGAUGGCUUAAACUUGCUGGAGUAGGCCAGUAUGUUUUUCAAUGGAUUGCUAGCUGGUCUGGGAUGAGACACCAAGGUGAAUGGCGAGACCCUGACGGCGACGAAUGCCCCUAUGCCGAAGAUGAUCGCCGGUGCAUGUCGAUUUACAAGAGUGGCAAGAUUGGAUUCAACGAGACUUACUUUGGUGAGUGGGCUAAAAACGUUCUCAAUGAAGUGAAAGCAAGGAAGUUGAAGGAAGCAGCAAAUAAGUCUAGUGCGUCAACUUCUGGUUGUGCUUGUGACUAA